AUGGGCGCCAAGACGGCCCGCCUGCGGUCGAAGCUCGACCGCGGCAUCCCUGCCGACGUCGUCGCCCAGGGCAAGAAGCUCAUGGACUACGACCCCACGAAAGUAGCGCCCAACACAGCUUGGAGCAGGGUGGCAGCGUUUCUCGAGGACCAGGGCUUCAUGCGGGAGGAGUGUCCAGAGGCCGAUGCACUGGCAGUUCACGCCGACAACCGAGGUGGGCCCAUGUGUUCGGGCGAGGACGUCGAAGGCAAGGGCUUGAAGAUCAUUGAAGCUGGAGCGAAGACGCCGAUGGGUGCAUUGGCAAUGCAGUUGUGCCCCCUCGAUGACCCGAUGCGCGAUGUGCACGUCCACAACAACCAGCAGAUGAUAGCGAGGGCUGGGGGCAAGCUCGCUGAGUGGACGGGGAAGGAGCGCUUGCUGACCCUCGCGACGAGCCAAUGUAGCCAGUUCUCGAAGGCCGUGCACGCGCGAUGCAGAACAUCCAUCGAGAAGCUUCAAGAUUCCAGCGGCAAGCUAGCGAAGUCGAAGCUGGAAGAGAUGGACCCGCAGAUGAGCAACUUCUUGAAAGGAUGGCCCUUCAAAGUCAUAUCCUGGAAGUGCGAGCUCGCCUGGCCUGGCCUGGCGCACCUGUCGCAGCUAGCCCAGAACAGCGACAACGCGGUGGGAAAGGCGAUGGGCGAGCUGGAGGCCGCCAUCGCCAUGACGAAGUACAGCGCGGGCGGCCUGCAGUGGGACCAGGCGGCGGAGGCCGCGAAAGCAACGUCAGCAGAGGAGGCGCCGAUCCAGGGCAUUUUGGCGAUCGCCAAGUUCUACGGCCACGACGCGGGCAUGCCCCUGGCCAUCCGGCUCGAGAAGUUUCGGAGCUCGCUGCAGCUGAAGGUCAAGAUGGGCGGCGCAUACUUGACCGACGUCGCGGGCAUGGCCUUCAAGGGUCACGGGUUGAAGCAGUUCCCAUUCGUUCGCUUGGGGUGCAUGGCCGCCAACCUCCUCGCGCACAAGGUCGAGUAUGGCGUUGGCGUGUGCUUCCAGAAGUCGGACAUCGCAUGGUUCCAGAGCCCGACGAACCAUGAAGCAGUGUCCGUCCUGGAGACGUCGGCCAUGAAGUUGGACGAGCGGUUGGGCGAUAUGGUGUUUCAGGGCUCGAUGAGCGAGAACAACAGGUGCGACAUCUUCUUCAAGUUUCUCAUCCGAAAUUGGCUGCACUUGCGCGAGAAGGAGAAGCUCGGCUACGAGGGCCGACAGUUCGACAGCUGCGAGGAGAUUCGCCGCAUGGCCGCCAGUGAAAUCCAGAAGCUCGAUGGCAGUCCGAAUCCAUGCAAGUGGACGCCCUUGGAGGAGGGCGCUGCGACAUCCGCGCCAGCCACUUUGGCGAUCACCAGCUUCGUGGAGUCGGCCGCCGACUUGAACUGCGAGGCGAAGGCGCUCCAGGCCAAGGGCUACGCCGUCGGCAAGCAGGUGAUGGAGUUGGGUUCGCCGCCGACGCAGGGCUUGCGCGUGAUCCACAAGAUCACCGAUGGCACAGUCGUGCUGCGCAAGGAGACGUUCGGCGGCUUGCAGCGGGGCUUCGACGCCGACGCGACGGCGACCGACCUGGUCAAGAAGUUCAAGAAGCUCCCGAUGUUGAUGGAUGCCAGCGCAGCCCUUCGUCAUGUGCGUUCGCGGACCCAGUUCGUGCACGACUGGGCGCGGGUUAGGGCGUGGAAGGUCAUCUCCCUCUCGGCGAUCGGCGCGUGCGUGGACGGCGGCGACGGCUUCCUUUUCAUGGUGAACCCUAGGAAGCUGUUCACCAAGCGGGCCGUCAAGGCGAAGGAGAUGCAGCUCCUGCCGAGCACGCACCCCGAGUGCGUCAAGAUCGACGAGAAGCUGAAGUUCAAGAACUCGUUGACCGCGUGCACCGUGCACCUCGACGACGACGGCGAGGCCAUCGACGUGAGCAUCGUGCUCACCGCGCCUCCGACGACUACGACGACCGAGCCUGCGACGUGGGGCGAGAAGAUCGCCUUCGAGCCGUUCUGGUGGGUGGACACGACGUCGGACGAGAAGCUCGCGACCGUCGUGAAGGAGGUCAUCUACAAGGACGGCGUCGCCUUCACGAGGCUGGUCAACCCGAAGGCCCUGCAGGCGAACACCGAGGCCGUCCUCUUCGCCCCGAAGAAGGGGGCCGAGCCGAGGACGACGCUCCACGAGAAGGCCGUGCGGGAGGGCCGCUACCUCGUCCCGCCGAUGCGCCGCAAGCGCUACAAGCAGUCGCCCUAG